GAGCUCGACUUUGUUGUUUUUUGGGGUAUGGGAUACAACAUAAAGGUUAUUGUUGUUGGGAUCCAGUAUCACAAAAACUCCGUGUCUCUCGUCAUGUUGUUUUUUGGGAACACACUAUGUUUGCUUCUCUUUCUAAAUUCAAGGUGUCUCCUUCUCAUCAAACUCAUAUCUUUACUAAUCCAUCCCUUGAGUUAUUUCCUAGUGAUAAUGCAAGGUCUCCUGAUGAGCUUUCAAAUGAUCAAACUACCAUGGCUCCUAUUUCAAAAGAUGUUUCUUCUACGGAUAUUACACCUGGAACAAAUGAGAUUGAAAAUUUACCAGUUGCUUCCUCUUCCAGUCAUCCUACUCAGGAAGCUUCUUUAGAUCCUCUAUGGCAACAAGCUAUGAAAGAGGAAUUACAGGCUUUGGAAAAGACCGGUACUUGGGACUUGGUUGAUCUUCCUAUUGAUAAGACUCUUGUUGGAUGCAAGUGGGUAUACAAGAUCACAACUCAUUCUGAUGGAUCUGUGGAGCGCUAUAAGGCACACCUGGUGGCAAAGGAUUUUACACAAGAAUAUGGCAUUGACUAUGAAGAAACCUUUGCUUAUGUUGCUCGUCUCACCACAAUACGCAGUCUACUAGUUAUUGUUGUUAUACAUAAAUGGAAGUUGUUUCAGAGGGAUGUGAAAAUGCCUUUCUUAAUGAAUCCAAUACACUCCUCUUCUGCACUUAUGGCACUUUUUAGUAAAACACUAACUCAGACGGAUUCCAGUAAAAGAAUGGCGAUCCCAAGUAAGUUCACGAGGCAGCAUCUGCCAGAGUUUGAAGGGGGCACGCAAAACUCGGUGGUCGAGGAUGUGCGUGGACAGGGGUGGUGCUUUGGCUACAGCAUUCGUAGAGAAGGCCAUCCAAAGCCCGUUUUCCAGGCGGGUUGGCUUGAUUUUGUCCGCAAAAAUGUCUCACUCGGGGGGACAGAGUCACAUUUUGGCUAGACCAAAAUGCUGCCAACGGUCCACGCUACAAGAUUGCAGCAGAAAGAAAAAUCAAAUUGCUUGGUCAUGAAAUCUACGCUGCAGUCUGAAUUAUAUAUGCAAAUGAAUGCCUACUAAGAAUAUAUAAUAUGGAUUGCUCUAAUUAUUGUUGUGGUAUGUAAUCUUCGCUUAAUUAAGGUGUGAACUCUCUUCUUCUUCUUCUUCUUUUGGUGAAGGCAUAAGUCUUUAAAAAACCUACUUGAUUUGA